AUGAGCCGGAGACUAUCGGUAGUCGACUUGACAUCCGCAUCCGCAUCCGCAUCUACCCAACGCCAACUUUCAUCCGAUAUAAACUCUGUCGACUCCUUCUCUGAUCCCUUUGAGGAGCAGCCAGCUCCAAACUUAAAUAAUCAUACGAUUUUAAGGGGCACUAAACGAAGACGAAACGAGGAGGAUCUCGGACAUGCAGGGCCAUCGUCUCAUCGUCGAAUAGAUCCUCCACUAGAAGAGCCCAUCGAGUCUAUUGAUCUGACCGAGGUUGAAAGCUCUUCCGAGAUCGCUAAGACACUCUCCAGCCUAAGAGAGGACGCAGUCAAAGCCCAACAGCCGCAUGGGGAUGAAGCCCAUAAUGCACGUUCCAUACUUGGAUCAUAUAAAUGCCCGAUCUGCAUGGAUACACCGGAAGAUGCAACCAGCACAGCUUGUGGCCAUCUAUUCUGCCAUCGAUGUAUCCUUGAAUGCCUGGCGACUGCGGAUGCCAGAAAUUCCGAUUCAAAUAAAAGUAAAGGCACAUGUCCUGUGUGUCGAAAAUCAAUCACUAAAAACGAUACGGCGGGACCUCGCCGGAGCCUUAUCCCUUGCAACUGA